AUGGUAGAGGUGUACACCAGACAUCUCAUGGAUAAGGACAGGUACAGCGUGGAGUUGGAGGAGGUCCUGCAGAACAAGGUGGUGGGCUUGUACUUCUCAGCCAUCUGGCGUGCCUCAUGCCGCAGCUUCACCUCUGUCCCCUGUGGCUUUUACAUGGAGCUGCUGGAGGAGAUGGAGCCACCUGCCUCCUUGGAGGUGGUCUUCAUCUCGUCCGACCACAGUGCUGAGGAGAUGGCUGGCUACAUGCGUAUCAUGCACAGCGACUGGCUGGCACUGCCCUAUCACGACCCCUACAAGCAGUGA